UCCAGAGCCUUCCAGCUCCCCAUGGGGAGAUAAGUCCUGGGAGAGGCUGAGGAGCGGAGAGGGAGCCAGAGGCUCGCUGGCUGGACGGGCAGCGCUGACCGGGGACUGCAAGGGGACGAGGAGCUUCUGGCCAGCAGGGAGCUGUUCUCAGCGAGGGAGGCAGGCCGUGAGGCCCAUCCCAGGGGGACUGAAACCCAACUCACGCUACAGAGCCCGAUUCAAGGUUGUCCCUCGUGGAAGAGCCACCUCUAGCUCGGAAAGAUGGGGGAAAUGGAACAGAUGAAGCAGGAGGCUGAGCAGCUGAAGAAGCAGAUUGCGGAUGCCCGGAAAGCUUGUGCAGACACAACACUUGCUCAGAUCGUGGCGGGUGUGGAGGUUGUUGGUCGCAUUCAGAUGCGGACCCGAAGGACCCUGCGUGGGCACCUGGCCAAGAUCUAUGCCAUGCACUGGUCGACGGACUCCAAACUUCUGGUCAGUGCCUCACAAGACGGGAAACUGAUUGUGUGGGACACGUACACAACUAACAAGGUUCACGCCAUCCCUUUGCGUUCUUCCUGGGUUAUGACCUGUGCCUAUGCCCCCUCGGGCAAUUUUGUGGCCUGCGGGGGCCUCGACAACAUGUGCUCCAUCUACAACCUCAAGACUCGUGAAGGCAAUGUCAAAGUGAGCAGAGAGCUCUCAGCCCAUACAGGUUACCUCUCCUGCUGCCGAUUUCUCGAUGACAACAACAUUGUGACUAGCUCUGGAGAUACCACGUGCGCGCUCUGGGACAUUGAGACAGGGCAGCAGAAGACGGUGUUCCUGGGCCACACUGGAGACUGUAUGAGCUUGGCGGUCUCCCCGGACUUCAAGCUGUUCAUCUCUGGGGCCUGUGAUGCUACUGCCAAACUGUGGGACGUGCGGGAGGGUACCUGCCGUCAGACCUUCUCAGGGCAUGAGUCUGAUAUCAACGCCAUCUGUUUCUUCCCUAACGGUGAAGCCAUCUGCACUGGCUCAGACGAUGCCACCUGCCGCCUCUUCGACCUGCGGGCCGACCAGGAGCUCAUAGUGUACUCUCACGAAAGCAUCAUCUGCGGAAUCACGUCAGUCGCCUUCUCCCGCAGCGGGCGCCUCUUGCUUGCUGGGUACGACGACUUCAACUGCAACAUCUGGGACUCCCUGAAAGCAGAACGUGUGGGAAUCCUGUCUGGCCACGACAACAGAGUGAGCUGCCUGGGGGUGACAGCGGAUGGCAUGGCUGUUGCCACUGGCUCCUGGGACAGCUUCCUCAAGAUCUGGAACUGAGGAUGACGAGAGAGGGAAAAAGCAGCGGAAGCACAGCCCGUGGCAGAGAGCAUCACCAGCUGAGCACAACAGAAACGCCUACUUGUCACUCCCGCUUGUCUCUACACACAGGUCACUUGUAGGGGUCUCCCAGAGUGAAAGGAAGAGAGGUCAGGGGGUGGGGAAGUAGGAGCACACACAGUGGCUCUUCUCUCCACUUCUAAACAAGCCCAGCAGUUCCUAGCCUCUUGGAGGCGUGAAGACUGCAAAACACAUCUGCUCUUUACAUCUCAGGACUUCACAGUGCAGUUCAGAUCCCACAUCUUCCUUCAGAGACCUCACACUCAACACCCAUCCCUCUGCGGACCCCUUAUCCAACACCUCUGUCCUUGACUUAACUUCACCUAGCUUCUCCAUGUGGUUGUCACAUCCCUGCAGACAGCCCCAGAGACACACCGGGUUUGAGAUUUAUAUCAUGCAACCUCUACCAAACAGGUAGUAUAAAUUGGGCUCAUUUCCCAUGGGGAAAACUUAGCUCAAGUCCUAUCUGUGCAUAAAUGGGGGAAAGUAUCGCCCUCAGACCUGCCAGAACCAGGGAAUGUUAUUUAUUCUUAUUUAUUGUUUGCUUCUUGCUGUUCCUUCUCUUUUUGCCUCAUCCCUGUAUCGUGUGGUGACCCUGUCUAACCAGUAGCCGUCAGCCACUACUUCCAAGUCUGUUCUAGGUCUUUGUAACCCAGGCAAAUAAAGAAAGCUGACAUAAGCACCACAGACUAUGUUAUUUCCAGGACAGCCAUGAGGUGCUGCAAAAAAAGCUCUCCUCCUGCGACCACUAGGUACUGAUCCUCUCCUGAGAGGAU